CACUCUUCCUCCCUCCAAAAGCACUAAAGCAGCCAAAAUAUCUUCCAACUUCCAACACCUUCCCCUCUCCACCUUCUCUCUUCGCGACUAACUGUCGCCGAACCUUCUAGAAACCACCGCCCACCGUAAUGUCCACCGCAUCCUCCUCUUCAUCCGCCUCCUCCCUGGAGACCCCUGUACUCGACUCCCAGCUCUCUACCCUUUUGCAGCGGAUAACGGAGGAAGGUGGCUACGCCUUCGUCUCCAUGGCCGCUCUAGCGGCGUCGGGAGACACUCGAGGGGCGGAGGCCGCAAAGGAUAUGGCGUGGGAGCAGCUCCACUCCGGUCCCUGGCACUCGGUGGUGCCCAUCUGGCGCGACGCUUAUGCAAUGGCGUGCCUCCACGUGGCCAAACACCAUUACUCCUCCGGUGAAUUGGAGCUCGCUCUCAGAGCGCUUGACAUGGGACUCAUCAUGGGCGGAUUGGCUCUCAGAGAUGAUCUGAAUUUGUGUGUUGGAAAAGUCACCGCUGCUUUGAGAGGAAAGGAGGUCUGUGAAAAUGGCACUGAGCAGCCGAAGGUUGAGUGGUGUAAAGAUUUCAACUUGGCGGAGAUGCUAAGGUUGUUACCUGUGAGGUCACUUUCUUGUCAUACAGUGGGGAGAAAGUCGGGUCUGUCACUGGAAGGAUUCUUGCAGGAACAUUUGCUUUGUGGUUCUCCAGUCAUAAUUAGUGAUUGCAUGACUCAUUGGCCAGCCAAGGAUAGGUGGAAUGACAUUAAUUACCUGAAAAAGGUUGCAGGUUUACGCACAGUUCCGGUUAAGGUCGGGAGAAACUAUUUGCGAGCAGAGUGUAACCAAGAGUUGAUCACAUUUUCUGAGUUUCUUGAGAGAAUUCAAUUCAAUGGCUGCUCCUCGAGAGACAUGACUUUUUUAGCUCAGCACCAACUGUUUGAUCAGAUACAAGAACUAAAGCAGGAUAUUGUUACACCUGACUACUGUUUUGCUGGUGGCGGAGAGAUCAGAUCGCUUAAUGCUUGGUUUGGUCCACCUGGGGUAGUAACGCCAUUGCAUUACGAUCCACACUAUAACCUACUUGCUCAGGUUGUGGGCAAAAAGUAUAUACGACUCUAUCCUGCUUCAUUGUCAGAAGAGCUAUAUCCUCACUCAGAAUCCAUGCUCAGCAAUUUCAGUCAGGUUGACCUAGAUAACAUAGAUGAGAAAGAGUUUCCUGAAGCGUUGGAUCUGGAAUUCCUGGACUGCAUACUUGAGGAAGGAGAAAUGCUGUACAUCCCUCCAAAUUGGUGGCACUAUGUAAGGUCUCUCACCACUAGUUUUUCAGUUAGCUUUUGGUGGAGCCAUACAGGAAAUCCUCUGGCCCCCUAAUUCGCCUCCUCUCUGUUCUUUCUUGUAUUGCGAACAGAACCCAUGUUUCUAUAUAUGUAGUGAAUAUUCUAACACGAAUUUGCUGCUGUCAAGUUUUCUGAAUGAAUAUUCUAACACGAAUUUGCUACUGUCAAGUUUUCUGAAUGAACAAAACUGUAGUUUUUGUUUCAUAAUCUAUUAUCUGUGUUCGUUCUUC